CUUAUCGUUGGUAAUUACGUACUUUAGAACAGAUUAGUCCCGGCUAAGAACCGCGUCAAACGAACAUACGUACGUACAAUCGCGCAACUUAUAUUGUGCCAUCCUAGUACAUCAUGCCCAUAAAACAAAUCUCAAAGCUCAUUGUCUGUUUUCGUUGGAUUUACAAGGGAUUAUCUCAAAUUAUCACGAAAUAUUUUUAACUUUCUUACGGCGCGCUGUUGAUAAAAAUCGGUGUAAUGGUGUGCUUGGGAAUAUAAGCAUGGAUGCUCAAGAAGAAUGCAUCCCGUUACAACAGUGCUCGGACAGCAAUCACCAGGAACCGUUGGACUUGAAACUGAACAGCGCUUACGACGAGUUCAUAGAUUGCGGUCCAUCGCCACCUGGCGAUGAGGUGCCGAACAUUUUCGACCUUUUCGAAGACCAAGGGAGCGUUGCCAGCGACACGGCCGUAAGGGUGUGCUAUCACACGGUGGAGCGCAGUCUCCUGGAUCAUAUGGAGGGGGUGGGAGGGAGGUUGGAGCUACUGCAAGAUAUUCAGGAGAACAAGGUUGAUCAAGAGAAUAUUGUGAAGAUCUUUUAUGGAGCUACAGCGCCUGAAGUGAGUGUCUCCUUUCUAUGGGCAGCCUUCGUCAAACGCUGGGAUCUUCUACAAGGCUUUAUCAGUUUGGGUGCCGAGUUGAACUACCACGAACCCUCCCAAGGCUUGGGAGCUUUGCAUUUAGCAGCUUUCAGUGGUUGCAUUCCAGGAGUGCAAUUCCUCAUAUCUCAAGGGUGCGACGUGAACGCUCUGUACAGGUUUUACACCCCUUUACACUGUGCAGCAUUUGGCGAUAGUCCGGACACGUUGCUCAUCUUGUUACAUCAUGGUGCAAAUAUACAGGAGUUAACUAAAAGUUUGGACCAUCGUAACGAAAGCGCACUACACUGUGCUGUCAGGGCUAACUCAACAUCUUGUGUAAGAGUCUUAGUCAAUGAAGGAGCUGAUGUUGGACAACUAGAAUUUUCUGGAUUAUCUCCAAUACAUCUAGCAGCUGAUUUUGGAUACACGACUUGUCUUCAAUGCCUACUUGAACCAAAGGGAGUUAACGUAAACACCAAAAGUAAGGACAAGGACCAAACUCCGUUACAUUUGGCAUCAAUGAGAGGCUACCAAGACUGCGUCGAAUUCUUACUCGGCAAAGGAGCCAAUCCGAAUUUGAAAAACCACAUGGGCCAAACGUCUCUGCAUUUGGCAGCCAGAGCCCAAUCAUACGAGUGUGUUCAUCUUUUGUUGACAAAAGGUAAUGCCAAUCCCAAUAUUGAAGAUUGUGACAAGAGAACACCGCUGCAUGCUGCCGUUGGCACAUCACCGAGGUCGAGUGACAUCAUCGAAGUUUUGGUCAAAUACGGAGCUAGCAAAAACAUCAAGGAUCAGUACGGGUACACACCGCUCCAUAUAGCUGCUUUGAAAGGUCUCUCUCAAUGCGUAGAGACCUUGAUAUAUUUUGGAGCAGACGUCACAGCUAGGACUAAAUCUGGAAUGACGGCAUUAAGUAUCAUCACGAAGAAGGUUCCGGCGUCGUUUUCCAUGUUCAAAAAGAAACUGGAUUCUGCCAUCACACUGCAUCAGCCGGAAUCAUCUAAUCACGAGAUAGAACUAAGAUUGGAUUUUAGGGUGAUACUGCAGUACUGUCAUCCUAAGGAAAUUAUAUUUCUAAAUACUCUUGUGGACGAAGGUUACAAGAAGGUGCUCCUCCACCCCCUCUGCUCCGCACUACUGUACCUCAAAUGGGAGAAAAUCCGAAAGUACUAUAUAGCUCGAGUAGUAUUUUCCUGCAUCUUGGUCCUGAGCCUUUCCCUCUAUGUCCUGACAGCUCUGGCCCACCAUUGUUACAACUAUGGAAAGAACUUCAAAGAGAUGAAGCCUGAGGAUAUCAUUGAGCUUUGCGAGAAGAAAUCCAUAAUGGGACAGCUGCUGAGGGACAAUCCCUUCGUAAUUGAGAUGCAAUGGUUCGUUUUGGUGGGCAUCACUGCUUGCGAGAUAGUGCGCAAGGUGUACGGGAUGAGCGGAUACGACAGUGUCAAGCAGUACUUCUCUUACGCCGAGAAUAUUAUUGAGUGGUCGGUGGUGAUCAGCGUUUUUGUGAUUUCUUUUAUAUACACAGGUAGAACAUAUACAUGGCAGAAUCAUAUUGGUGCUUUUGCUGUUCUUCUGGGCUGGACGAAUUUGAUGCUAAUGAUUGGUCAACUUCCAGUUUUUGGAUCUUACGUUGCCAUGUACACUAGGGUGCAAAGUGAGUUUGGAAAACUGCUCCUAGCCUACUCCGGCCUUCUGAUAGGCUUCACUCUCAGCUUCUGCGUGAUCUUCCCAGACUCCUCAACAUUUGCCAACCCAUUCAUCUCUUUGAUUACCAUAAUUGUGAUGAUGUCAGGGGAGCUAAAUCUGGACAUUCUGGUGGACGACAACCCUGAAAACCCACAUUUUCUGCUAGAAGUCAGCGCCCAGGUUACCUACGUUAUUUUCGUAUUGUCAGUGACCAUCAUCCUGAUGAAUCUGUUAGUAGGCAUUGCUGUAGAUGAUAUCAAAGGCCUACAGAAGACAGCUGGUUUGUCGAAAUUAAUCAGGCAGACUAAAUUGAUUACACAUAUGGAAUUGGCGCUAUUCAGCGGCAGCUUGCCAAGAUACCUGUCCAACUUAGUUCACUGGACGGCACUGGUAUCCCCGCGCCCAUCCAAAGUCGUACUCAAUCUGAAACCACUGAAUCCUCGAGAAAACCGAUUACCAAAGGAGAUAAUCAAAGGAGCAUUUGAUAUCGCUUUGAAGAACAAGCAUUCUGUUCAUCCACUGUCUCCAGGAAGUAGCACCGAAUACUUCUGGUUGAACGAUGAUAGAAUCCAAGAUCACGCCGAAUGUAUAGAAAAUAACGCCACAUUCACAAUGCUAAGAGAAGAACUGGAAAACAAAAGUGAACAAAUUAACAAUUUAUCCAGGGAGGUUCAAUACAUGAAAAAUGCAUUUCUGGCGAACCAAGACACAUUGGAGCAGCUUUUAAGAACAAUAAACCACGGCAGAAGGGCUAGUAGAUGCUGAUAAUAUAUGCUAUUAGGUUUAAGAUCUCUUAAUUAUUGUUUGAGAAAUAUUACUUCACUAGGAUAUUUGCCAACUAUACCGUAUUAUACUAGGAUCGUAUCAUAAUAUUCUUUUUGCUAAAUUAUUGCCAAAAAACCCCGUAUCUAGCUUAAUUUUUAUCGAUUAUAAUUGAAGGUAUUUUUAUGCUCUAAGAUCUCCAGUUUACCGAUUAUUUAUAAAAUUUAAUUUGACAAUUAUACAAUCAAAAUACUGAAUUUUGGGCUUUUCCCAUUGUUUAUAUAAAACAACGCAAUUCUGGCUGUAUCUUUUUAUGUAACAUAUUUGUCAUUUAAAACUUUCAGAUAUCUGCUAAACUUGUUCUAACCUUUUUUUAUCUAGCAUGGACUAUAAUGUAACGCGGUACAUACGCGUACGAUACGUGUUUGUGUGGCGGAUCUCCCAGCAAUGUAGUAUAAAAUGAAAUGGAGAAAUGAUUAGUCGGAAGAAAAAAAGAGCAUGACUAGGAUGAUAAAGUAAUAAACACCCUUUGAACUAUCUGCAACACAAAAACGAUAGAUGCCUAUGACCUUUCAACAUCGUUUGUCAAUACUUAUCAAACGGGCAACAUACGUGUCGCAGGUCCAUUGCCAUAUGCUCUUAAGCCGCGUACACACCGAGAUUCCAACGUAAGCCAAGGCACUUGUGGUUACAGAUUUGGAGGUGUUCGAAUCGGCGUGUACGGCGCGAGAAAAAAUAAGCCAACGGAUUUGUUCCGCUUCUAGUAUUUAGUCGUUUGUCUGCAUUCGAUCAGAGGAGACUCUACAACAUUCGCACCGAACUUAGCCCAACGGGGUCCAACUCGAAACUAAAUUUAUUUGUAGACGAGCCCAUUCCAAUACCUUCCAACAACAAACUCCAACGUCACAUGUGCUUACAUUCAUUUCCUCGGCGUUGGAUUUUCAGCCUGUACGUGGCUUAACGGGUGGUACGAUAUGUUGUAAUGGACAAAGACCUGUAUACGUAACAAUAGUUUUCUCAAAUGCAAUUCACGAUACUAAUUAAGCAUAUUAUAUUAAUAGAACUAAUCAGUAGUUGAUGAUAAGUCGAUUUAUUGUUACAUUUUAUGAAAGUUCCUAAUUCUUACUUAGUUCCUCCAAUUGUAAAUAAUUGUAGUCUAAUAAAGCUGUUGCUUGUUGAAUAAUUUGUGUAUUCCUACCGUGAACAAUGACCUGGAAAAUCAAAGUC